AUGGUGGCCGGAAGAGGAAGGUUAGUUAACGGCGGGUUUACGCCGGAGACGAAUCCGUUCACACCAAAAGCGUCUUUAGUACGUUACUGGAACAAACAGAUCCAAAACCAAUCACCAGGCUCAGCCUUUCUCCUCUCCAAAGCUUCACCUCUAACCGCCGUAGCCUCCGCCACUUUCGCCAAACUCGCCUCCCAAAACUCGCUUCCCGAUCGCCUCCCUGACUUCUGCUCCGCCGCUAACCUCUUCUGUUUCCCCGAUUUAGGACCAACCCUAGAGAAGCACAGCGACGACGUUAAGUUCUCUGUUUACGACCAACGAAACUUCACCAACUACGGGAGUCACCCCGGUGGCGCCGACUCGUUUGAGAAAUAUUCACAAGACGGCAACGUAGUAACCGACUCUUUCCGUCGGUACAGCCGCGACGCCGCCGGUCACGACGAUACUUUCACAGGCUACGCAGAUAACAGCAACGUCGUCGAUGAAAGCUUCAAUACCUACGGAACCUCAGCCACUGGUGGCUCCGACGAGUUUAAAAGCUAUCAGUCCGAAGUCAACAAUCCAACUAGUCGUUUCACGGCGUAUUCCGACAACGGAAACGGUCGUACACAGACGUUCAAGACAUACGCUCACGACGGCAACGCCGGAUCGGGUCAAUCUUUCACCAGUUACGGCAAAAACGGUAACGGAGCUCCGAACGAGUUCGCUUCCUACGGCGUCUCUUCCAAUGUAAUCGGAUCAGAUUUCUCCAACUACGGCGAGAACGCUAACUCAGCCAAUGACACUUUUAAAGGCUACGGAGGCGACGGAAACGUUCCUCGGAAUAACUUUAAAAACUACGGUGCAUCAGGGAACGCUGCCGUUGACACGUUCUUGAAUUAUAGAGACAAGGCAAACGCUGGGGACGAUACGUUCUCGUCGUAUGCCAAGAAGUCGAACUCACAGAAGGUUGAUUUCGUGAAUUAUGGUAAAUCUUUUAAUCCCGGUUCGGAAACGUUCACCGGUUAUGGUAAAGGAGCUGAGGGAAACAAGAUUGGUUUCAAGACGUAUACUAAGAACUCAACGUUCAAGAGUUAUGCGAAAACAGGCGUUGAAUUCGCGAAAUAUAACCAGAGUAGACUCCGGGAUGGUAAAACUGUUAAUAGGUGGGUGGAGCCUGGCAAGUUCUUUAGAGAAUCGAUGCUUAAAGAAGGUACAUUGAUUUGGAUGCCUGAUGUUAAAGAUAAAAUGCCGAAAAGGUCGUUUCUGCCCCGUAGCAUUGUCUCGAAGUUACCGUUUUCCACAUCGAAAAUCGCGGAAAUCAAGCGUGUUUUCCACGCUAGGGAUAACUCUACGAUGGAAGGGAUAAUUACUAAUGCGCUAACCGAAUGCGAGAGAUCGCCUACGAUCGGCGAGACGAAGCGAUGUGUUGGAUCAGCCGAAGAUAUGAUCGAUUUCGCGACAUCGGUGCUUGGUCGAAGCGUGGUAGUCCGAACGACAGAGAGUGUAGCCGGAUCAAAGGAAAAGGUCAUGAUCGGGAAAGUCAAAGGAAUCAACGGUGGAAAAGUGACAAAGGCAGUGUCGUGCCAUCAGAGUUUGUACCCUUACUUACUAUACUACUGUCACUCCGUGCCUAAAGUCCGGGUUUACGAGUCGGAUAUUUUAGACCUCAAGAGCAAAGCCAAGAUCAACCAUGGUAUUGCUAUAUGUCACAUUGACACUUCAGCUUGGGGUGCGAACCAUGGAGCUUUCGUGUCGCUUAGAUCCAGCCCGGGUCAAAUCGAGGUCUGCCAUUGGAUCUUUGAGAAUGAUAUGAAUUGGGCCAUCGCUGAUUAACCAACAUAUCGUAGCAAAAUUAAUAAUGAAUGUUAAUUUUUUUGUAUCUUUAUAUUUCUGUAACGAUACAAACUCGCUAUGUUCCUCCGAUUCUGUUAAAUAAAUAUAUAUUGAAGUGAA